AUGGAAGACAAAGAUGGGAAGUCAGACAAGGCCCAUUGCCCGGCCUUACAGGUCAUCAUCCUAGGUGCCGGUGGUGGUCCUCAGGAAAACAACACCACUGCUCUUCUCGUCCGUUCCGUAGCCUCGGGGUGGACCAAAGGAUCCAUCAUUGCCGUAGACGCCGGGGUUCACCUGUCUGCCAUCACCCAUAUUCUCGAGACGUCGGUGCCGCCAGGCCUCGGCAGUACUGUACCGCUUCCCCACACCCUCACAUCCGGGCCGUUUGCCGGCCUUGAGCUUAGGUCAGACACCACUUCGAUUUACCCGUCUUCCAUCGCCGCUCACAUCACCCGAUCGCUUAUCGACACCUAUCUAAUAACGCAUCCUCACCUCGACCAUAUCUCCGGUUUCGUUGUCAAUACAGCAGGCCUCACUAGACCCAAAAGGCUUGCAGCUCUGCCAAACACCAUCAACGCCUUCAAAACUCACAUCUUUAACAACGUCAUCUGGCCCAACCUCUCUGACGAGAAUAAUGGUGCGGGCAUAGUGACAUAUACCCGCCUCGUUGAGGGCGGGUCGCCUUCCCUUGGUGACGGUGAAUUCAAGGGUUAUUUGGAGAUUGCCGACCGUCUCGCCGUGAAGGCCUGGUCCGUUUCCCACGGCCACUGCUUGGAAAAACACCCCCAUCGCGGCUCGACCUCCUCCGCUGCGACGCCCAUGCGCUAUUCGUCUGUCGAUGCCGCCUCGGUCGCAUCGCCGCGCAUUAUGCCUCAUGGUGCCAUCCCUAGCGCUGCGUCGAUCCCCCGGGCAUCGUCUGUCGCGCCCGAGCCGCAAGCCAGUAUAUGCGUCUACGACUCUUCGGCCUACUUCAUCCUCGAUAUGGCUACUAACCUCGAGAUCCUGGUAUUCGGUGACGUCGAGCCUGAUUCCCUGUCACUCUCCCCUCGUAACUUGGGAAUAUGGCAGGAGGCUGCGCCAAAGAUUGCGUCGGGAAAUCUUGCCGCUAUCUUCAUCGAGUGUUCAUACGACGACUCCCACUCUGUUGAUCGUCUCUUCGGGCACCUCAAACCUUGCUUCGUGAUGGAGGAGAUGCGCACGCUAGCCCAGGAGGUCGAAGUCGCGCGACAGGUUAACCACCUCUCGCGGAAGCGCAAACGUGCGAUAGACCCCGAAGGGAUCCCACGGCGUCGAACCGGAGGUGCUUUCUCCCGGCUUGCGGGCGGUGACGAAUCCCCGGUUAGUCCUAAAACGGUGGCCAAGCGUCAACUCUUGUCGGACAUCGGACAUGUGCCGCCGCUCCCACCGGCUGCGACAUCGAUGGAGAGCCCGCAUCUCACAACCCCAACGAAGGAGCUAUCUCUGCGGGAAGCUGAGGGGUUGAGCGAGAGCGAGGAAGGGACCCACAGGAACCUGCCCCUGAAGGGCAUCAAGGUGGUCAUUAUCCACGUCAAAGACCGGUUGGAUGGGCGAAACCAAGGGGACGUGAUUCUGCAGGAGCUACGAGCUUAUGAGGAGGAUGCCCAACUUGGCUGCGAGUUUGUUAUAUCCGAGCCAGGCCAGAGCAUCUACCUGUAA